CCCGUUCAAGGACCAAAAGGGAACUUUUUCCGAUCACUUUCAACCACGCAAGUCACUUAGCCCUAAAAUUCUACGCCUUCUCCGCUCACUCGCCGUCUCGCCCCAUCACUCUCGACGCGACACAAACACCUUUCCCCCUCAUGCUCGCCGGCGGUGCGGACGGCAACGGCCACCUGCCGCGGCCGCGCAGGCCACGGCGCGGUGGAGUCGGCGGCGGCAUGGGGUAUCCGCCGGGACAGGCGGCUUCGGGGGCGCAGCCGCACCCGGCCGCCCCGCCGUGCACCGACUACGACGUGGCCUACUUCAAGGCCUACUCCCACAUCGGCGUCCACGAGGAGAUGCUCAAGGAUCAUGUGAGAACUAGUACUUACAGAAAUGCUAUCAUGCACCAUCAAGAUCUAAUUUCAGGCAAGGUUGUUUUGGAUGUGGGAUGCGGAACUGGUGUUCUUUCCAUAUUUUGUGCUUUUGCUGGUGCCACUCGGGUGUAUGCAGUUGAUGCAAGUGAUAUUGCAUUACAGGCUAUGGAGAUUGUGAGAGAGAAUGAGCUAUCUGACAAAGUUGUGGUUUUGCAUGGCCGAAUUGAGGAUGUCAAUAUUGAAGAAAAAGUUGAUGUCAUCAUAUCUGAAUGGAUGGGCUACAUGCUUCUGUACGAGAGUAUGCUAGGGAGCGUAAUUUUUGCUAGGGAUAAAUGGCUUAAGCCAGGAGGUCUUAUUCUUCCAUCACAUGCAUCGCUUUACAUGGCACCUAUUACAAAUUCUCAGAGAUAUCAUGAUAGUAUUUACUUCUGGCGAGAUGUAUAUGGCAUAAAAAUGUCCUCUAUGACGCCUCUCGCAAAACAAUGUGCGUUCAUGGAACCAUCUGUUGAGACAAUUAGUGGAGAGAAUGUCUUGACGUGGCCAACAGUGGUGGCACAGGUGGAUUGUUAUACCAUACAAGCUCUGGAACUUGGAACCAUCACUGCUGCAUUUAAAUUUACAUCAAUGUUGCAAGCUCCAUUGCAUGGUUUCGCAUUUUGGUUCGAUGUUGAGUUUAACGGACCAGUUCGCCAGAAAUCCAAGAAGCAAGCAAGUCAAUCAUUGGAUGUGAACACCCAAAAUGCCAGCCCAAGUAAUAAAAAGAAAAGGCCAGAUGUCUCUAUUGUUCUUUCAACUGCACCAGAGGAUGCCCCUACUCACUGGCAGCAGACCCUAUUGUACUUAUUUGAACCGAUAGAACUAAACAAAGACCAGAUCAUUGAAGGUUCUGUUACCAUAUCUCAGAGCCAGCAACAUGCUCGCUUCCUUAACAUCUGCCUUAAAUAUUUUACUGGAGAACAAUGGUAUGUCAAAGAAUCCGUGAUGCGAUAAUGUGGGGAAGCUUCAACAGAGUUACAUUUUUUUCUAAAUAGACUCAAAUCUAUUGUUGUGCGUCAUGAACCUCACUGCUGGUCAUAGCAAUUUUGGAGCGCUCUGGUUGCAGUGGAACGUCAUGAACUCAUGAUGGCAAAUCGAUCAAAAUGCAGUGCCAUUUGGAGCAGGGCUUUUGUAGGAAACCUCUAGAGUUCAUAUGAGAAUACUUGGCUGCAAUCAAACCUGGCUUAGAUUCCCUACUGAUUGUUUUGGGCUUGAUUAAGCAAGCAGCAGCCCGACGAUCCUUCGUAUCCAGCUGAUGAAAGGAACAGAACUACAUGCUGAAUUGCUGACCAAAGUAGAUAGGGCUUUUCCCGUUCUUUUGACUGUGGUUCUUAGCUCAUCUUAUUCGGUGGCACUUCGUUAUUUUUGUAUCCUAGGUAGUCAUGUGGAUCACCUCCAUUCUUUGUGAGAACUGUUUGCCAAAACUUUUGGACUCUUGGUGUUGCAAUAUUAGACCGUGUGAUUUGCCAUUUGACCGUAUGAAA